GCUUGGAGUGGAAGAAGACUCAAUAGUCCAAACUUCUAAGGAGAAUGGGUAUAAGAAACUCAUUUGUGGUUUUCCUCUCCAUUUUAGGUUUUCUGGGUAUUGAUGGUAGUGAACUCUCAUAUCACUUCUAUGAAAAAUCAUGCCCACAAGUUGAGACCAUUGUGAGGGCAGCAAUUGCACCAAUCUUUGUUACAGAUCCUACUUCACCUGCUACUUUGUUGAGGUUAAUGUUCCAUGACUGCCAAGUUCAGGUCUCUCUCUCUCUUCCUCUCUUUUUCUCUCUCUCUAAAACUAAGCUGCUAUAUUCUCUCAUAAAUUCACAAUCUCAUGAUCAGGGUUGUGAUGCUUCCAUCCUUCUUGAAUCAAAUGAUGGAGAAAUGCUCCCAGAGAUGGCUUCCAGUAAGAAUUUCGGAAUUCGAAACAGAGAGUCCAUUGGAGUUGUAAAAUCAAUGGUAGAAGCAGAAUGGCCCGGGCAAGUUUCCUGUGCUGACAUUCUUGUAUUGGCAGCUCGUGAGGCUGUAUCUAUUUCUGGAGGUCCACAAAUUAGAGUUCCUAUGGGUAGAAGAGACUCCACUACUAUGAGCUAUGAACUUGCAGAGGCUUCCCUUCCCCCACCAAGCACCAGAGUUGAUGCCAUGCUUCAUAUUUUCUCCACCAAAGGGAUGAACCUUGAAGAAUCUGUUGCCAUUUUGGGUGCACAUACACUAGGGAUUACUCAUUGUUUGAGCAUUCUUAACCGGCUGAACAGCCAUGAAAGCAGCAACACAGGAGAAAUAUCUUUCGAAAAGCUCUUGAAUUAAGUUGCAGUUCAGGACUUAUUGGAGGGUCUUUAAGCAUGAACUCUACUUUUGUAGGCAAUGAUCUUACUGUCUUUGCCUUUGAUAACCAGUAUUACAGAGAUUUAAUGGCAGGCCGAGGGGUACUACAAAUCGAUGCCGACAUAGCC